CGGAGCGCAUGCGUGCGCAAAUACAGCUGAUGGUAGAGGAAUUGUGUUACAAUCAAAGAAGCUAUAGGUGGCUGUUUACUAUAACGGGAUAAGCCAACAUGGGCACAAGGCUUUGUCCUGUUGCUAUAGAUGUAGUUUAUGUCCUUGUUAUACUAUUGGUGUAGUUAUUACACAAUGCGUAGGCCAUCCAGUGUGUUCGUAUUCAAAGCCACAUGUGUAUUGUUGGUGUUCGUUGUUUUUGGCCAAGUUUCCCUAUUUUUCCUUUGCCGGUGUGGACAGGCACUUGAGGAAGAAAGGGUACGGAGGACAGCUAAAGAUUUUGAACCGGUAACACUAUGCCAUUCUUCUGGGGACGUGGCGCUAUUAACUGCCGAAGUACUACGGCUGAAGAAAGAGCUGAGAGAAUUGAAGAAUCAUAACAAAGUCCAAAACAGUAUCAAUAGAAGACUAGAGGCAAGAAAUAAAAAAUUGUUGAUACAAUUAGCGGGAUAUCAUCAUGCCCAGAAGGCGACCAUAACACAAGAAACGCCGACAAAAAGGGACCAAUUUGAAGCACAGGAGUUUCUUAAAGAUGGACCAUUAUACUCCGAGUUCGAGACGCAACCAUUCGAUAGCCUGACCUACAAUGCGAUAUACCUAUUUUCUGGAGGAAUAUCAGGUAACCCAGCAGAGCGACCUCUACCGCGUGCUCCAAAAGGCAAGGACUACCACCAGCUGUUGCGUUUUGCAGUCAGGAGUAUAAAUGACGAGUUCGAGCACCAGGAAAUCCCAACAAUGGAUCUUGAUUUAUAUGAUGGCAUCAUGAGGGACCAUAGGCUCAAGGGGUCAGAGUAUGACCUGUAUUUCAGAACCCCUAUGCUCAAUGUCUAUCAGCGGGUCAGAGCUGUGAGAAAACUUCAACCACUGCAGCUAGUAGGGAAUGUCGAGACUAUAGAUACUAAUCAUGACAUUAUCAACAUCAUUCUACCACUAUCUGGACGCCUGGACAAAUUCAAAAUAUUUAUGGAGAACUUUGUAGGAGUGUGUGUGCAAUGGGAUAAGCGAGUAUUUCUCACAGUUGUGUUCUUUGGAGAGGAAGGAAGAAGUGAGAUCAAAUCUUUGCUGGUGGACUUAUCGAAAACCCAUAACUUCACUGAUUACAAAGUGAUCACCCUGGAUGUGCCAUUCUCCCGGGGUCUGGGCCUCCAGAAAGGUGUUCUGGACUGGGAUAAAGGCAAUGUUCUCAUGCUGUUUUGUGAUGUGGACGUAUAUUUCACACCAGAGUUUUUAGAGAAGUGCAGAUUCUACACAAGUCCUGGACACCAAGUGUACUAUCCAAUAGUGUUCAGUUUGUAUAACCCUGAAGUAGUUUAUGGUGGCUCUCCACCUCCAAGCAAAGAACAGUUCAAAGUAAACAGAGAGUCGGGUUACUGGAGGACUUAUGGCUUUGGAAUGGCUUGUCAGUAUCGCAGUGAUUUUUUAACGACGGGCGGCUUUGAUCUGUCAAUCAAAGGCUGGGGAAUGGAGGAUGUAAGAUUAUACCGCAAGUACCUUGCAAGUAAUUUAACAGUCAUCCGUGCUGUGGAUAGAAACAUUUUUCACAUUUACCACCACAAGUAUUGCAGCCGUGACCUAUCUGGAAAGCAAUACAUCUCUUGUAUUAACAGCAAGGUGAAGUCCGAGGGUUCACAUACACAGUUAGGACUGCUGGCAUUUGGAGGCAGGAUAUUUAGUAAUACAGACCCAAAUUGGAUUGAACAAUUACAGAAAUCAGUAAAACAAGAGCCAAAGGUUGGCCAAAAUGGUAAUAAGACAAAGCAUGAAUCAAACUCUGAAAUAACCACCAGAAACACCACUAAUGAAAUUAAUGGCACUGAAAGCAAUCUGCCAAAAAAUCAUGGAGAAGCCACUAAGGUGCAUGAAAACAACAUUCAGAAGUCUGAAAUUAGAGAUGAAACUAUUCAAGUGUUUAGCACCAAGAAUCCAAUUGGCUUAAAAAACAAGGAUGCCAUUGAAAAAAAUAUUGGACUGCCAGUGGCUGCAGAGAAACACUCAUUUCUAGAAUCCAGGGAAGCCCCCAAAGAAUGGGCUGAAGAGGUAAAUAAUUUAGAAAAUGACAUAGCGCAAACCUUAAAAAAAAUAGAAGGAUGAUUACAAUCACAUGAAACAUCAAAAAGAACAGAUUAUUGAAAUUGUGAUAUUUAAAUUAUUCAAAACGUUUACAACUCUGUGUUGUAUUUUUUUUGUGGGUGUCAUUUUUGUUGUUGUUUUAAGGUGUCAUUUUUUUUGUUUAUGGGUGUCAUUUUUGUUGUUGUUUGUGGGGAGGGAGAGGGGAGAUAGCUAUGUUUAAAUUGCUAGCCUUGUCAUGCAACAGCUAAACGACACAAGUAACAGAAGAAAGAUCAACAUUUUAUUAUGUGCCAGUUUGCACACUGUAUGACAAUCAAAUUGGAAUAAUAUUAUUUACACAUUUUUUAUUUAAUACUGGAUUAGUGAUGAACAGUAUUAUAACAAUGUUGUAUAUAACUUCAUUUUAUGAAAAUUCAAUGUCCUAUAAUAUAUAUCAAGAUCAGAAUGGAUUUAUACAAUUUAUAUAUGAAAAUAAUUUCUGUCUUCAUUGCUUCUAUAUUUUGCCUUGGAUAUCAGAUUAGGGUAGGCAUGUAUUUAAUAGUAAAUUUGGUGGAAAUUAAAAAAGGAAUUUCUUGUUA